ACACACCUCCUCAGCAGCAUCCUGAGCGGGACUUCUAGUCUAGUCAUUUACACUUACACCCAGCAACAGGUUGAGGCUCAGCAGCAGCAGUGUGAGGGCGACUGAAGCCUACCAUGCCGAGUAAAAGCCAGUAUCUGCGCCCCCGGCUGUGCACGCUGGAGAAGGGGGACAACGGCUACGGUUUCCACCUCCACGGGGAGAAAGGUAAGACGGGGCAGUUCAUCCGGUUAGUGGAGCCCGACAGCCCGGCUGAAACCUCGGGGCUCCGCGCCGGAGACCGGCUGGUGUUUGUGAACGGGGAGGACGUGGAGAACGAGAGCCACCAGCAGGUCGUGUCCCGGAUACGAGCCACCGCGGGCCGGCUGGAGCUCAUCGUGGUGGACCCGGACACGGAGCAGCUGCUGAAGAAACACAACAUGAAGUGUCUGCAGGAGUAUGUCACCGACGGGGUCCCGGUACCCUUCGACGAGGAGGAGGAGGAGGAGGUGGUGGAGGUGGAGGAAGAGGAGGAGAAGGAGGUGGUGGUGGUGGUGGAGCAGGAGGAUGAGGGGGUAGACGGGAAGGAAAACGGAGGUGAGAGGCACGUUAGGAGGAAGGAGGUGGAGGAGGAGCAGGAGGGGACACCCCGGGAGUCCACGCCGCUCCCGGAGAGCAACGGAGGGAUCCACGGGCACGUCGAGAAGAAGCUGAGCAUCAACUCUGAGAAGGAGGCGUGCACUGAACUUCGGCCUCGUCUCUGUGUGAUCAAGCGAGGGUCUAACGGAUAUGGCUUCAACCUGCACAGCGAGCGGGCGCGGCCGGGCCAAUAUAUCAGAGCUGUGGAUGAGGACUCUCCAGCAGAGAGGUCCGGCCUGCAGCCUAAGGACAGGAUAGUACAGGUGAACGGUGUGUCUGUGGAAGGGAAGAUGCAUUCAGAAGUAGUGGCUGCCAUUAAAGUUGGCGGGGAUGUGGUCCGUCUGCUGGUGGUGGACCCCGACACAGACGCCUUCUUCAAGAGGUGCCGGGUGACCCCCACCUCGGAUCACCUCACCGGUCCACUUCCGGAGCCUGUCAUUAAUGGAGGGAUGGAGGAGAAGGUGAAUGGCAGAGGGGCCAUAGAGGCACAGAGGGACUCAAAGCUGUCAGUCAGUCCUUCUCCAUCCAACGCCUCGUCCAAUGCCUCGCUCACAACCCCGCCCACAAACACCCCACCUGAGGGUUUCAUUGCAGAUGCCAUCCCAGCGCUCAACCUGUCCCUGCAGCAGGUAAAAGAGCUCGCCCACCAGAAACGCUCCAACAAGAGAGCCCCGCCCAUGGACUGGACCAAGAAAAAUGAACUCUUCAGCAACCUAUAGGGCCCCUCAGCUCACCUCUCACACACACAGAUUUUAUAGGGAUUCUUUUCUUACAGAGACAUCAGCGACAUUUUUUUAUUGUCGUGACACUAAAAUAAUUUUUUGUUUAACUAUUGGCUGCAGACAAAUUUGAGCCCUUCUGUAUUCUUCUUAUUAUUAGUCUUCAUGUUAUUAUAAUCCAGAUAUUAUACUGUAUAUGUAUAAUGCUACUAACAAGAAAGAUGCAUAUGCCAAUGAAAGAGAACUGGACCAUGUUGAAAACGAGUGUGUGUGUGUGUGUGUGCGUGUGUGCGCGUGUGUGUGCGUGUGUGUUUGUGUGUGUGUAUGUGUUUGGACCCUGACAGUCCCUGCUGGCCAGAGUCUGGUGCCUGUGGAAAUAUGUUUAAUGACCCGCUCCUCCGUCAGCUCAUCUAUCUUUUAAAAGUUUAUACUAACAUUUAAAAAGUUAAAGUGUCUUCUGUUAGAUCGACAACGGGACCAGCUACGUUGAACCAGCCUGACAAUCAGUUCCUCUUUUAUCUGUUUAUCUCGUUUAUUAGUUUGUAGGGAUCAAACAUGGACUGAAUUAAAUUCACUUUCAGGUCAUUUAUUGCAUGAAUGUUUGUAUCUGUGUAGAUUACACUUUAAAUGUAAGAACCCUUUUUUUGAUAUUUAAGAAAUCAUCACAAAAUAAGGCAUUGCUUUUCCUCAUAAAAUGAUUUCUAACAUGAAUCUCCUUUUGGGAAUCCUGUUUUCAAAAUACUUACUGAUGGCUUUAAACUGGAAAGAACUGUGUUUAAAGUGGGUUCUCUUAUUAUGUGUGUAUAUAUCAAUAUGUAUAUGUUUUAAAUUUUUGACAAAUUCCACCUCUCUGAAAUGAAUUCAUUAAUCGUGUGUAUCCACGAAUACCUGAUAUCUUUUAUUAAAUGUGAACUACAGUUUAUUAUGAGUAACUUAUAACGUCCUUGCUUCGCCAUCAUGUCCACUGUGAAUGGCUCUUCGGUUCACAUUUUGAGCAAAUGGGAUAUUUUUAUUGCUCUGUGAAGUUUUUACACAUUUCUAUCAAUGUCUUAAAAACAGUAAUUAUGUAACUUUGAGAUUAUGUAUUUCUAAAAAAUGUCUGCGCUUUACUAGAUUUUAUGCAUUUGUCCAGUAUUGAGAACAGUGAUGAUUUUUCAAAUUGAAUGAAUUAUAUGAAGAGUUUUUUGUAGCUUGUGUAAGCAGUAAGAGGUCAUUUCUAUACUGUAAUAAAUCAGUCAUCAAAACAA